UGUGGGGCCGGGCGGGGCUUCCCUGAGCGGAGCCGCCCGCGCCGCCAUGGGAGCCGCCCGGGACGCGCUGCCGCGGGGCGCCCCCAUCCCGCUCCCGGCCCCCAUCCCGAUGCUGCUGGUGCUGCUGCUCGGGCUGAGCACAGCGCGGGAGGUGCACGUGCCGCCAGGGCCCCUGCUGCGGGUAGAGGGCACAGCCGUGGCCAUCCCCUGCCACGUGACAGAGUAUGAGGGCUCCACACUGCAGCACUUCGAGUGGUCCGUGUACCGCUCAGCUGCACCCACGAUUGCCAUCGGCAUCAUCAGCACCAAGGACCCCGCCUUCCCCUACGCCGUCUUCAGCUCCCGCGUGCAGAGCGGUGAUGUGGCCAUGCAGCGGCUCCGUGGGGACGCCGUGGAGCUGCGCAUUGCCCACCUCCAGCCCGAGGAUGAUGGCAUCUACGAGUGUUACACUCCCUCCACCGACUCCCAGUACCACGGCAGCUACAGUAGCAAGGUGGCGCUGAAAGUGAUCUCCGACUCGCUGCGGGUCACAGCCGCCUCCCCCACGCCCCAGCCCCCACUCCGUGGCCGCAUGGCCAGUGCCACCCCACUCCAGCUGAGCCUGAUGGAGAGCCAGGAGCUGCGGCUGAGCUGCACAGCGCAGAGCAGGACACAGGAGCACACCCACCUCUCAGUCUCCUUCGGGGUCUCAGCCCCGGGCACACCUGUGGGGCGUCACACGUUGCAGGAGGUGGUGGGCAUACGGCGUGACUUCAGCAUGGAGCCGGGCAAGGCCUUCGCAGGGCGCUUGGAGGCUGGGGAGCUGGCCCUGGCCAAGCUGGGUGGCGAGCAGUACACACUGGUGCUGGGCCAAGUGCAGCCUGAGGACGCCGGCACCUACCACUGCACAGCCGGCGAGUGGAUCCAGGACCCUGAUGGCAGCUGGCAGCUCAUUGCCGAGAAGCGAGCGGUGCUGGCUGAAGUCACCGUCCAGCCUAUCGCCAGCCAGCUGAAAGUGUCAGCCAGCCCUGCCGAAGUCCGGCUCACCACUGGCGAUGCCUUGGAGCUGCUGUGCAACCUCUCGGGGGCCCUGCCCGCCCUGCCUCACGUGGCCUAUGCCGUGGCCUGGGAGGUUGGCGAGGAGGGCGGGUCCAAGCGCCUGGUGGCCCAGCUGGACCCUGACGGGACAAUGGUGCUAGGGGAGAGCUAUGCCAACCGCCGUGUGGGCCGGCGCCACGUUGCACUGCAGAAGCUGGCACCCAACCCUGGUCCCUAUCAGCUGCGGGUGGCAUCAGCCCAGCCGGAUGAUGCGGGCACGUACCGCUGCGUGGUUCGGGUGUAUGUGCGAGCAUCCGGUGUGCUCCUGAAGGAGGUGGCCAGGAGCCAGUCACCUGGGCUGAAGGUGCACAUGAAGGCUGAAGGCAUGGUGCUGGCAGCCAAUGCGUGGCUGCCCGCCCCAGCCAUCUACCGUGGGGACACAGCCGAGCUGCUCUGCAACGUGUCGUUGGAGUCGCCACAGCCUGUGCACGUGGCCGUGAGCUGGUGGGCAGAGCCGAUGCCCAUAGCAGAGGGCGCAGAGCCACAAGUCCGCCUGGUAGCUGCUGUGAGCCGUGAGGGCGUGGCCGAGCUGGGCCCACGGCUGGCGGGUGGUCAUGUGAGUGUGGACAAGGUGGCUCCCCAGUGCUAUCGCCUGCGGCUUCACGGCGUGCAGCCCCUCGACCAGGGCCACUACCACUGCACUGCCACCGCCUGGGUGCGCUUACCCGACCGCAGCUGGUACCAGGCGGGCGCUACCCGCUCAGGCCCCAUCACUGUCUACCCCUACGCCCUCGCCAUGGACACACUCCUGGUGCCGCUGGUGGUGGGUGUGGUCAGCGCCCUGGUCGUGGGCAUCGCCAUCCUUGCCACCGUCACCUGCUGCUUCAUGAGGCGGCUCCGCAAGAGGUGAACCGGGGCCAGCCUGGGACUCUGGAGGCUCCUGCUUCACCUCGAUCUUCGUCCCUUGCACACAACUGCAACCUCCCAGCUGGUGCCACAGCAUCCCCACCCCCAGCUUCUCCCCAGGAAGAACCAGUCCAGGACCUUUUUGGACCAAACUCAACCUGGCGGGAUGGACCCAGGGCUACUCGUCCUGGCAGCAAGCUGCUGCCUCGGUCUGGGGUUACGGGGGGGAUGCGAAGGGCAGGGGCACGGCCCCAUCUCCUGGCCUGGCUGCUCUCCUGGAUCCUUGGACCAGGCCUGCAUGUCCCAGGGUGGGGGAUGGAGGCUGUCCCCCCUCCAUGUUCCCAGCACUGCUAAGGACUCUGCACCCCCUUCCCCCUGUGCCCUCUGUCCUGCCCCUUCCACCCACUCAGUAUUUGGCCCCAUGUGGGCCCUUUGGUUCUGUCCUGUGCAAUCCACACUCUUGUGAUCCUUUAUCUCUGCAGGAUACCCCCCCUUAUCCUUACCCCCGUGCCUGGGGAGAGGCUCAGCACCUUGCUCACAGCACAUCCCACAGCUGGAGGCCUGCUGGGGUGCCCUGGCUUGGAUAAGGAGCGAUGCAGGCAUCGUGUGCAUAGGGGGUAACAACCUACUAAUGCAACCUGCUGAGGGAGCUCCCCUUUAUGCAGAGCAGCAGCGAUCUUGGGGCUGAAGGUCCAGGGGGUCCCCCUUUGCUUCUAGCCUGCACGGUAGCCAUGGGAGAGUGGAGGAGAGAGUGAAGUGCCAAAGAGUUCAGGCUCCAUCCUCCAGGUGCGGUGUGUGGUCGACAGGGCCCCGCAGCCAGUGGCCCAGCAUGGCCGGCUGCCCUGACCUGUGCAGCUUGCGGGGGAAUGUGCUGGCUCCACAUCCCCCCACCACAUGUGGAGGUGCCUGGAUCCCAGCCAGGGCCCUAGUGCUGCUCCUUCUGGCUGGGAAGGGAGUGACUGACAACUCCCAGGGAAGCUGCGGCUGCGCUCGGGGCCAGGAAGGCAGUGCCGGUGCCCAGCAGGCCAACACAGUGCCAAUAAACCUGCAGAGAGGC